GGCCCAGGCUGUCUGCUGGUUUAGAAGGCCAGCACCUCCAGAAUUAAGAGGAAGAAGAUGAUGAAGAGGAUGAAGAAAGGAAAAGAUAAGUAUCGAAAAUUCUCAUUGCCUGCUUGUUUAUUACAUAGCUUUAUUUAUAGUGCUUGUUAGGCUGUCCCCUGAGGAUAGACAACACUAAGGCAAGCGAGGACCCUCAAGCUUUGUCCGUUUCUUCACACGUAGUCACUGAGGGAAUAAGUAUAUUUUGUCCAGAUGCGUCAUUCCUUGUCAAAAUGGAUAAAGUCAAAGGAAAACCGCAAAGUUUGGUAUUCUCUCAUGGGAGGGAGAAGAGAGAGCAUAAUCUGUGUGGUUGUUACGUCCGUGAAAAGCUCAAACUGGUUAAAAAGUAAGCCAAAAAUGGCUGCAAAUUCUAGUUAGAGGAACUUGUAUUUCCUUAAUCUUCUUUGUUGUUGAAUACAUUGUUUCAAACACCAAAAGAUUCAAAGAAGCAAAGUACGCAAAUAGAACACAUCAAAGUCCUUUUGUCUCUCGGCUUUGAAGGAGGGACAGAGGAGAUUCAAUAAAAAAAAAAAAAAAAAAAAACGAAAGGCCUUUGCUUCAUCAUAGGACCCUUUUGAAAAAUAGCAAACAUAAGAAAAGAAAAAGAGAUAAUAAAAGAGGAAGAGAAAAAAAAAGGAAGGAAGUUUAGAGGUCCCUUUGCUAAGAGUUUUUGAUUUCUUGGUUUAUUUUGUGUGGUUUGUUUUCAUUGGAAGAGAAAAAAAAGUUGAAGAUAGUGUUUGGAAAGGAAAAGGAAGGAGAGUAAUGUGGCUUCAAAAGAACCAUUGGGACAAGAAGGAUGGGGUGAAAGGAAUAGUGGCAGUGGCAAUAGAUUCAGACAAGGGGAGCCAAAAUGCACUAAAAUGGGCCAUUGAUCACCUCCUCAACAAAGGUUCAAAUGUAGUUCUCCUUCAUGUCAAGCAUAAGCCAUCUUCUCUUUCUGCAUCAGCUUCUCUUACAACCCCAAGGGCAGGGGCAAAUAGUAUUGCGCAUGCGGAGCCGAGUGCACUUGUUUGUCAUGACCCUGAUGAGCAAACCAAAGAAAUUUUCCGCCCAUAUCGUGUAUUCUGUGCACGGAAAGAUAUACACUGCAAGGAUGUUGUACUAGAAGAUAUGGACGUAUCUAAAGCUUUAAUUGAAUAUUCUUCUCAAUAUGCAAUUGAGCAUUUGGUCAUAGGCACUUCAAAUAAAGGAGGUUUUCUUAGAUUCAAGAUAGCAGAUAUUCCUGGAUCAGUAUCAAAAGGGGCACCAGAUUUCUGCACAGUAUAUAUUGUUGCUAAAGGGAAGAUUCAAUCCAUGCGAUCUGCUUCGCGAGCUGCCCCUGCCUUUUCCCCUCUGCAAAACCAGUUUAGUCAUGCCAGUGCUAGGUCAGACCAUUCAGACCCUCGUGUGCCUCUGGCUAAUGGUGCCAAAGGACCUCAAAGGAGGUCCUUUGAGGCACCACCCCAUAGAUCACAGGAUGCACCCCGUAAAUCAAAUGAUGGAACAACAGACUCCUUCAGGUCACCAUUCACUAGGAGAGGUAUGACUGACAAGUCAUAUGGGGAAAUUUCAGUGCCAGAUAGUGACAUAAGCUUUGUAAGCUCUAGAAGGUCAAGCACAGAUCGAUCAUUCCUAUCAUUGUAUAACAACAACAACAACAACAACUCAGAGACAGGAAUGUCCAACCCCCGGCUAUCAUUUAGCUCUGACACUGAUGGAAAUAAUUAUAGCUUUGAGUCUAUGCAUUUUGGAAGGAGGUCUAUGGAUAUCAGCUCUGAUUUCUCAUCCUUUUCCCAAGAGAGUGAGGGAUUAUCAUUUUCUGCAUCACAGGGCAUGGAUGACGUGGAGGCUGAAAUGAGAAGACUGAAGUUGGAGCUCAAUCAAAUAAUGGAAAAGUACAGCAAUGCCUGCAAAGAAGCAUUCAAAGCUCAGCAAAAGGCUGUGGAACUCCAGCGCUGGAAAUUAGAGGAAGAGAGGAGAUUGGAGGAGGCAAGGCUCGCCGAAGAAGCUGCAUUGGCAGUUGCAGAAAAGGAGAAGGCAAGAUCAAAAGCAGCCAUGGAGAAUGCUGAGGUUCAGCAGAGGAUUGCAGAGUUGGAAUCACAGAAGAGAAUCAAUGCAGAAAAGAAAGCAUUUAUGGAAUCAGAAGAAAAAAGAAAAGCAGUGGAUGCUUUAUCAAACAAUUAUGUGAGGUAUAGAAAGUACACAAUUGAGGAGAUUGAAGCUGCAACAAAUUUUUUUACCGAGUCACAGAAGAUUGGAGAAGGGGGUUAUGGUCCAGUUUAUAAGUGCCAUCUGGACCAUACACCUGUGGCAGUGAAGGUUCUACGUCCUGACGCAGCACAAGGAAGGUCACAGUUUCAAAGAGAGGUUGAGGUAUUGAGUUGCAUUAGGCAUCCAAACAUGGUUCUCCUCCUAGGAGCCUGCCCUGAGUACGGCUGUCUUGUGUAUGAGCACAUGUCAAACGGAAGCUUAGAUGACCGCCUCUUCUGCCGAGGAAACACUCUCCCAAUUCCAUGGCAGCUCAGGUUCAGAAUUGCAGCUGAAAUUGGCACAGGCUUGUUGUUCCUCCACCAGACCAAACCCGAGCCUCUUGUGCAUAGAGACCUCAAACCAGCCAACAUCUUGCUGGACAGAAACUAUGUUGCCAAGAUCAGUGAUGUAGGUUUGGCCAGGCUGGUUCCACCCUCUGUGGCUGAUGCUGUGACACAGUAUAGGAUGACAUCCGCAGCCGGAACAUUCUGUUACAUAGACCCUGAGUACCAGCAGACAGGAAUGCUCGGAGUGAAAUCUGACAUAUACUCUCUUGGGAUCAUUUUCUUGCAAAUUUUGACAGCAAGCCCUCCAAUGGGUUUGGCUCAUCAUGUUGGGAGAGCCAUUGAGAAGGGCACAUUUGCUGAUAUGUUGGAUCCAAAAGUGUCUGACUGGCCAGUGGAGGAUGCCUUGAGCUUGGCAAAGAUUGGUAUCAGGUGUGCUGAACUGAGGAGGAGAGAUAGACCUGAUCUUGGCAAGGAAGUGCUGCCUGAACUAAACAGGCUAAGAGAACUUGCUGAGAACAAUGAUCAUCAUCAUUCGAUGUUUAGUAGCUAUGGUAGCCCAUACAAUCAGAGCCAAGUUUCUCUUCAGCCGGAUGGAGCCAGUUCUCCACUUCCCUAUUCUGGGUAGAGCACAAGAAACGCAUCAAGUCAUGUUUGACAUUCAGUCAAAACAAGAUCUUCUUCAGUAAAAUAGAUAGUAUAUAUGUUCGGGGGAAAUGAUCCCGAGGAUAAAGUGUAAAUUACUUAGGUGAAUUGAUGUAAUAGAUUCCUUGAUUCAUUCAAUUUGUCCAUCUGAUUUCGUUUUCUCGUUUUAAUUUAGAUUGUAAAAACAGAAGAGUCGAAGUGUAAGAACAUUAACCCAAGUUAUUACACGAUGUCUCUCUAGGGACUAUUUGGUCCGGAAAUGAUAUCCAUUCAAGUUGUUUUA